GCUGCCGCGAACCCCCGAGAGCGACCGACCGCGGGCAGCGUGGCUCCGCGAUCCUGAGGAGGCCCUGAAGGUCCAUGUGACUCCUGACUUCCAAGGAAAGCGAGGCGGCGCUGCCUCCGCCGAGUGGCACAGCUAUCCUUUCCUCUUUGGAAGCCCUUCUGUUACUCCACAGAUUUUGAAGUCCAUAGGAACUGGCUCGCCAUCACCCACAACUUGCCCCUCUCUCAGUGGUACUUCGAGGCGACCUCGGAAUGGACCCUGGAUUAUCCACCAUUUUUUGCUUGGUUUGAAUAUGUACUUUCUCACAUUGCCAAGUACUUUGAUCCCCAGAUGUUGGUUGUUGAAAACUUGAAUUACACCAGUCGUGCAACUGUCUUCUUCCAAAGGUUUUCUGUCAUCUUUACAGAUACCCUCUUCAUAUAUGCAGUUCAUGAGUGCUGCAGAUGUAUUAAUGGAAAACGAGCUGCAAAGGAUAUCCUGGAAAAACCAACAUUUAUUCUUGCUGUUCUGCUCUUGUGGAAUUUUGGAUUGUUAAUUGUGGAUCAUAUUCAUUUCCAGUACAAUGGCUUCCUCUUUGGGCUGAUGCUUCUUUCUGUUGCUCGGCUGUGUCAGAAAAGGUACUUGGAGGGUGCUCUUCUUUUUGCUGUACUUCUGCAUUUCAAACACAUCUAUGUGUAUGUGGCCCCUGCAUAUGGCAUUUAUUUGUUACGAUCCUACUGCUUUACUGCAAAUAAUGCAGAUGGAUCCCUGAAGUGGAGAAGUUUCAGCUUUCUUCAUGUAACUCUUCUGGGACUGAUUGUCUGUCUUGUUUCUGCUCUUUCACUGGGACCCUUCCUAGUAUUGGGUCAGCUGCCUCAAGUCAUUUCACGGCUCUUCCCUUUCAAGCGAGGUCUCUGCCAUGCCUAUUGGGCCCCCAACUUCUGGGCUUUGUAUAAUGCCAUGGAUAAAGCACUGACAAUUCUUGGGUUAAAGUGCAAUUUUCUUGAUGGUACAAAAAUCCCUAAAGCCUCCAUGACAGGAGGGCUGGUUCAAGAGUUUCAGCACACUGUCCUCCCUUCAGUGACUCCACUGGCAACAUUAAUCUGUACUUUCAUAGCUAUAUUGCCCUCUGUUUUCUGUCUUUGGUUUAAACCUCAAGGGCCCCGAGGCUUCCUACAGUGCCUUGUUCUUUGUGCAUUGAGCUCCUUCAUGUUUGGCUGGCACGUGCAUGAGAAAGCAAUACUCCUUGCUAUUCUGCCUUUAAGCUUAUUGUCUAUUCAGAGAGCCAAGGAUGCUGGCAUCUACUUGAUUCUGGCAACAACAGGGCAUUUCUCACUUUUUCCAUUGUUGUUCACAACACCAGAACUUCCAAUUAAAAUACUGCUUAUGCUGCUGUUUACUGUUUACAGCUUCUCUUCAUUGAAAUCUCUAUUCAGGAGAGAGAAACUUCUACUUAACUGGCUUGAAACAAUCUACCUCAUCCAACUAGUGCCCUUGGAAAUCUUCUGUGAAAUCAUAUUUCCCCUGACCUCCUGGAAACAGCAGUUCCCUUUUGUCCCCCUGUUGCUGACCUCUGUGUACUGUGCUCUGGGAAUCACAUACGCUUGGCUGAAACUCUACGUCUCUGUCUUGACUGAGAGAGUUCCUGUCAGACAAAAGGCUGAGUAAAGCCACAGUGCUGGGACCAGUCCCAGGAUUCCCCUUGGAGGGGAUUCCUGGCACGGUGAGGGGUUGUUACAAGGCCAUUCAAGAUGAGACACAGUGUAUGUGUGCCAUCACCACGUGGGAGCUCUUCUUCCAACACUCCUGUACUGCCCAAUGAGGAUACCUCUGAUCAGAAGCACUGUCACAGUGACUGGCAGGGCUGCAGGUAAACUGUGAAGCUUAACAAGGUCCAGACUUCUGUCCUGAGGAAAACCUGCCUGAUUUUCCCAUUAUGGUUUGUAUUUGAAUAGAAGUUGCUGUGGCAAAUUACAAGGGAUGGUUGCUGUGUAGGAGAGCAUUGUAACUGUGUUCUAUGGAAUUUGUAAAUUAAAAACUUGGUAUUUUUUGUUUGA